AGAACACAAGACCUCGCCGGGUCCAAGUUCCUCCCGUGCUCUCACCGGCAGCCAUUGUCAUUGAAACUCCCCCCUCAUUGCUGCCUUACCCUCCCCAGUGCCAGCCGUGCCACCGCCGCCUCGUACCACGCAAGCCUUAAACUGAACCCGGGAGCAGCACAACCUUUUCCUAUCGUCUCCAGCAUCGGGAGUGUAUCUAAGCGCGCGCGUAUCUAAGCUAGAGACAGCCGCAAAAAGGAAGAAGAAGAAGAAGCCAUGGCCAGAGAUAAAAAGAAGGAGAACGAUGGCAGCUGGAAGAAAUUUAUCUGGGACUCCGAGAAGAAGGAGUUCAUAGGCAGGACGGGCAGCAGCUGGUUUAAAAUCCUCCUCUUCUAUCUGGUUUUCUACGGCUGUCUAGCUGGUAUAUUUAUUGGGACCAUCCAAGUGCUUCUGUUGACCCUCAGUGUAUAUGAACCAAAGUAUCAGGAUCGCGUCGCACCCCCAGGAUUGACCCAAGUACCCAGAGCUGUGAAGGCAGAAAUGUCCUUUACACUGAAUGACCCAUCUACAUAUGAAGACUAUGUGGCUAGCAUUACUAAGUUAUUAAAUCAGUAUAACUCCAGCCAACAAGGAGACUUGGCGGUUUUUGAAGAUUGCGGUGAUAAACCUAAAGGCUACAUUGACCGUGGGUCAAUCAGUCCAGAUAAUGGCGCAAAGAGAUCCUGUCAAUUUAAGAGGGAAUGGCUUGGAAAAUGCUCUGGUUUGAAUGAUACAACCUUUGGCUUUAGCGAAGGCAAGCCCUGUCUGAUUGUGAAACUUAACAGGAUCGUAGGAUUUAAACCAAAGCCUACAAAUCAAGAUGUUCCUGUUGCCGUUGCCAAUCUGACUGAAAAUAUCAUUCCUCUCUACUGUACAGGAAGGAGACCCGAGGAUACAGACAACAUUUUUGACAUUCAGUAUUACGGCAUGGGCGGAUACCCUGGAUUCCCCUUGAACUACUAUCCUUACUAUGGAAAGCUGCUACAACCCAAGUAUCUACAACCCCUUAUUGCUGUGCAAUUGACAAACAUUAGCCUGGACACGGAAGUUCGUAUCGAGUGCAGGGCAUACGGCGAAAACCUACUGCUGAGCGAGAAAGACCGUUUUCGGGGACGCUUCGAUAUAAAGGUUGACAUUAAAAAAAGCUGAUCGUAGGCGCUGACUGUAAUACCAUAAUCUAAAAUUUAAAAAGAAAAAAAACUUUUAGUCUUGAACAAACUGUCAUGUAUGGGACCUUCACUAAAUAUAUAUGCUUUACACUAGCUUUCUGCAUUUACUAGGGUUAGAAUGUAAAAUCAAGGUGUAGCAAUAGCAACAAGUAUUUAUUUUACUGUAAAUGAGAGAAACUAAUAAAUGACUUGAACCUUGGGAGAUGCCCGUUAUGCUGUAAAAUAUGAUUCCAUAAUCAAAAUGUAGUGAGCAAUGUUUUUGGCCCCAGAAUGUUGCUACAUUGUGUAUUUUAUCUUAUUUGUGUGUAUUAUACAGUAGCAGAUGUGCAGACGCUACACUUUCCGCCAAGCCAUGUGUUUUUUUUUUUUUUUUUUUUUUUUUGUGAGCAAGCUUUUAGUCCAAGGUGUAAAUACUCUGUAUUGGGAAUAAAACUGGCAUGGUAGUGGGAUGGCCAACCAUUGAGAAUAUUUCAUAGCACUCCAUAAAGCCUUUCAUGUGUCAUUGAUUUAGAUUUCUUUGUAAGAGGGGGAUGUUUUUUGUUUUUUUGUUUGUUUUCUUUCUCUCUUUAGCUUCACUUUACACAACAGGUGAUGGGUUGUGCUGUGCUUUGUAUUUAAUGCUUUUUUUUUUUUUAAGCCCUCCCCCUUAUUUCUUAUGUAUGUUUAUGAAGGUGUGUUGAAGCCUGGGUCUGACUGUCAAUUUUGCCAGGAAUAGGGCUAAUUGUUUUGCAUUAUAUAUAUAUAUUUUUUUUUUUUAAUUUUUUUUCAGGAAGCAUCACAUUUUGGUGCUGUUUCUUUACAAAUGUUUUAACCAUUUUCAUGGUGGAAGAAUUUUAUAUUUAUGCAGUUGUACAAUUUUUAUUUUUCUUCAAGAAAAAGUAAUGUAUGAAAUAAACCAAAGUCACGUGUUGAAAAAUAAAGAUUUAUUUUAAAAGAAGUUUAAAAAAAAAUGCAACGCAGUAUCCCAUAGGAUGUAUUACAUGUCUACUGUGCGCACAUUUGUUGGAACAUAUGUAAUAUUUGCAAGGAGUACAGUGCUCUUUCAGUCAAAACAUCAGACAAUAAAGUAAAUAACCCAA